AAAAACAAAAUGGCGCCCGUCAAAGUUCCGAAGAAAGCUCUCAAGUCCAUGGAGCCAGGAGGCGGUAUAAUCCCGAAAAAGAAGGAGAAGAAGAUGGCAAGAAAGAACUACGACAGCUUCUCAAUAUACCUCUUCAAAGUUUUAAAAUCGUGUACAGAAAUUAACGUUGGAAUCUCUAGAAAAAGCAUCUUAAUCAUGAACAAUUUCGUCAAUGAUAUUUUAGAACAGAUCGCGUGUGAAGCUGGGAGAUUAAUAGCGCAUGGAAAGAAGACUACUUUAAGCGAGAACGAAAUAAGAACGGCCACAAAACUACUCAUUCCUGGCGAGCUGGGAAAGCACGCAUUGCUGGAGGGCGAGAAAGCACUACGCAACUACAAGAACAACUCAAACAGCCAGAGUUAUUAAUUUUAGUUAAUGUAUGAAAUCUAUAUUUGAAGUUGAUUAUUUGCAAUUGUUGACAUGAAUGGCCCUUUUUAGGGCCGCAA